AGCAUUGUAGGGAAGCAAACAUGUAUCAUGAACUUCAUGUUUUUUCUUUGUUAAUUUUGAGGAAGUUUCGAGAUGAUUAAAUAGUCACUUUCAAUCCUUAUUUCUCCAUGUAGGCUACAGGGAAUGGGCAUAAACAUGUGAGGAACAUCUAUGAUUUUCAUACAACAACCUCACAAAAGGCUUUCAUAAACUAAAUAAGCAUGGCUGCAUCAGAAACUUGGUCUUCACACUUCAUUCUGAGACUUUUCUGUCUCCUGCUUCAUAUUAACCCUUCUCUGGCUUAUUCACUGAAAAACUGUACAAUACUCUAUCAGGAGAACCCAUCUGCUGGUGUUUCUGUGGAAUGUGCAAACAGGAAACUUGUGAUUGUCCCUGAUGAUAUUCCCAAAGAGGCUGUUUCAAUAGAACUUGGAGGCAAUCGACUUCAGAAAAUUAAAGAUGAUUUCCGUGGCAUGUUUAGACUGAGAUAUCUGAGUUUGGCAAAGAAUUGCAUUACUCGUGUGGAUGAUGGCUCUUUCAUUGAUUUGGUUUCAUUGAAAACACUCAUCAUGCCACAUAAUGAGCUCAUCAACCUGACUAGAAACAUGUUUCUUGGCCUGUCCAACAUUACCAUGCUUGAUCUAAGUCAUAAUAGUAUUGCGUUCAUUCAUUGCUCUGCCUUUCAGCCCCUGACAAAUUUACAAAUUUUGGAUUUAGCUCAUAAUGGGCUUCAAGACAUUGCCUACAUUCAGCCCAUUAUUCAGUUGCCACAAAUACAAAUGCUUAAACUUAGAUGUAAUCAGUUCUCUUCUUUUGAGACCAAAAUGUUCCUGCUGAAUGAAUCUUCAAGUUUAGAACAGCUGAUUAUUUCUGGUAACCGCUUGAAAAAGUUCAGCAUCACAACACCAAUCUUUCCUCACCUUCAGAUGAUAGAUCUUUCAGGUAGUUUAGCUACUAUUAAAUUGAAAUGGGACAUACCUGACAAAAUGUUAUUAGCAGAGAUAACACAGCUUUAUGUUGAUGAGGAUGUGAUUUCCUUUAAAGGGAUGCGAAACGUCCUGCAGAAUCUCAUCUCAUUGACACAUCUGAGAAUAACUUUGGUGCACAAUUGGAUAAGGAACGGACUUUUAUCCACUGCCUGCAAAAUACAAUCACUAAGGAGGCUGGAUUUGUUCUACAACAAUCUAAACAACCUGACUUUGAAACUUGCACCAUGCUCACAGCUCAGAGAGCUUUACCUUCAGCAAACUUGCCUCAAUGAACUGCCAAAAGGCUCAAUAAAAUCAAUGCAGAUGCUGCAGGUCCUAAAUGUGAGUGAAAACAAGCUCACCAGAGUUUCCUAUGACAUUAGGAGCCUUGCCUUCCUUAAGAUCUUGCACUUGGAUAAUAAUUAUAUCUCAAAUCUGAACUGUGAAGAUUUUGAGAACACAACACGUCUUACAGAGCUUAAACUGAAUACAAACCAAAUUUCCAAUCUAGAUAGAUGUGUCUUAGAGCAUCUUACAGAACUAAAGUAUUUAGAUCUAAGUCACAAUAACCUGAAGAAAUUUGGAGACACAUUUAAACUUGCCCUGCAUAAGCUGGAGUACUUGGACAUGAGUGAAAAUGACAUAGAUGAAUUAUUUGCAAAUACAUUUGAUGGUUUACAGUCCUUAAAACAUUUCAACAUUGCCUCUGAUAACAUACCACUAAUGGAAAAUGAAACAUUUCUUGAACUGAGAAACCUAGAAGAUCUAAAUAUAUCAUUUUCUUACGGGCAUAACCCCGAACUUCAGGGAUUGCAGCACUUGGUAAAUCUUACAGUUUACCUUGGAAAAGGCUUUUCUUUGAAAACUCCUUAUCAAAACAAAUAUGGCACCUUAAAUAAUUUAAAUUUGUUAAAAACUCUUACAGUUAUCAACAACCUAGAUAACAUUAAUUUUCUUAAAAAUUGUGUGAAAAUGCUUGAAGCUAUGAGAUAUUUGGAAACUUUCAAAGCUGUGAAUGUCUAUGAGCAAGCUCUAGAUGUUGAUACAUUUCGGUUUAACACCCGGCUCAACAGUCUAACAUUAACAGGUAGUGAUAUGACAGAUUUGAACCCUGAACUGUUUCGACCAAUCAGAAACCUGCAGAUAUUAGAUCUUUCUGGCUCAAUGCUGAAAUAUGUUAAUUUUUUGAUGCAGGCUAAUCUUUCUGCACUCAGAUAUCUGAAACUGGCCCACAAUGAGAUUAUGGUGAUUGAUGAGGUUGUCUUCAGCUCUCUCCCCUCUUUAACAUUCUUGGACCUGAGUAAUAACCCGUUCACCUGUGACUGCUCAAACGCAGGUUUCAUCCAAUGGGCAAAGAACAACAAGCAAACACAGGUGGUAAACACUCAGUAUGUGUGCUCCUUUCCUGCGCACAAACGAGGAACCUUGUUACUGGAUUUCCAUAUAGAGUCCUGCUGGGAUGAUGUCAGCUUUAUCUUCUUCAUUUCGAGCACUUGUCUGGUUCUUCUAACUCUCCUUACAUGCUUGGUCGGCCACUUCAAGAGGGAUCAUCUAGUCUACACAUUCCAACUCUUCCUGGCCUUUCUCUACGACACUAGGAGGAGGAAGAAAAUUGACCCCCAUCAGUUUGAUGCCUUUGUGUCCUACAGCACCCACGAUGAGGACUGGGUUUACAAAGAGAUGCUUCCAGUGUUGGAGGGAGAACAGGGCUGGAGACUCUGUCUGCAUCACAGAGACUUCCAACCAGGUAAACCCAUCAUAGAGAACAUCGCUGAUGCCAUUUAUGGCAGCAGGAAAACAAUCUGUGUGAUCAGCCGCCGCUAUCUGCAGAGUGAAUGGUGCUCAAAUGAGAUCCAAAUGGCCAGUUUUCGUCUGUUCGAUGAGCAGAAAGAUGUGCUGAUCCUGCUGUUUUUGGAGGAGAUCCCUCCCCAUCAUCUGUCUCCAUAUUACCGCAUGAGGAAGCUGUUGAAGAAACGCACCUACCUGAGCUGGCCUAAAGCAGCACAACACCCAGGAGUCUUCUGGCAGAACGUCCAGAGAGCUCUGCAGACAGGGGACGAUCUCAUUGAGAACACAGACCUGCUGCCUAGACCAACAGUAUGUUGAGAACAGCAGCGAAGCUGAAAGGUUAUUUAAGCUCAGUGAUAAUAGUUUGCAGCACAAAAUCAGGAUUUGUGUCAUAACCAGAGAUGAAAAGAGGUGAGUUAUUGAAAACAGCCUGAUCCAAUCACAGCUUCAACCAAGAAAUGGCAAAAGGCUUGACAUACCAAAAAAAAAACACAGCAUGCCUUCCCUCAGCCUUGUCUUGAGGGUUUCUGAUAAAGAAACUGCAAUCAUUAAUUUAUUCUUUUUCUGAACUGAACAAAAAAGCAGGAUCCCCAUGAGCCUGUUUCCUGGAAAUGAACAUUUAAAAAUUGUUUUAUCACAAUACCAUUUAUUUAAGACUGAUUUCAUUCUGUUUCAUACAUUAAGUUAACAUUUACUCACUGUUUAAUUUACAUUUUUAACAUUUAUAUCACAUAUACUUUGUAUCAGAAAUGAUGUGUCGGGUUUUCCAGCCUGUCUCCUUAGUAUUUUGCUAUUUUAGAUAAACAGCCUUUAGUACUUUAGAAUAAAUGGUUGAGAUUUCAUGGAUGUUUAUCAAGUAAUUAUUAUUAACCUAAGCCAAUUAAAUGCACUUCCGUAAAAAGUAAUUUACCUAAUUUUCCCAAAUUCCUUAAUGUUUAUUUUUGUGUGUUUAUACAUUUUAUCAUGUAACAAUAUAUAUAUUUUUUAAAUGCUAUUAAAUUUUACUGAAAAAAUUA